AUGGAGGUCAAGCUAUGGAACGACAAGCGAGAGAGAGAAAUGUACGAGAAUUUCGCCGAGCUCUUUGCCAUCAUCAAAGCCACCGAGAAGCUCGAGAAGGCCUACGUUCGUGACAUCAUAACCCCAUCCGAAUACGAAUCCGAAUGCCACAAACUCAUAGCCCACUUCAAAACCCUCUCUUCAACCCUCAAAGACAUAAUCCCAAGCAUCGAGCGCUUUCACGAGACGUACAAAAUGGACUGCCCGGCCGCCCUCAACCGCCUCGUCAUCUCCGGCGUGCCCGCCACAGUCGAGCACCGGGCUGCCGCUGCCUCGUCAGCCGCCACCUCAGCAGCUGCCGUGGCUGAGUGUGUUCAGAACUUCAUCACGGCCAUGGAUUCCCUUAAGCUGAACAUGGUGGCAGUUGACCAGGUUUACCCUCUUCUGUCUGACCUGUCGGGUUCUCUCAAUAAGCUUUCUAUACUGCCGCAAGACUUCGAAGGGAAGAUGAAGAUGAAGGAGUGGAUCGGGAGGCUUUCGAAGAUGGGGGCUGCUGAUGAGUUGACCGAGCAGCAAGCUCGACAGCUGCACUUUGACUUGGAGUCGUCUUACAACUCGUUCAUGGCAGCCUUGCCCAAUGCUGGUAUGUGA